GCUAGCGCUCUCUGCUUAAAUGAGCGUGGGCUCGCCGCGCCCGCCACUUCAGCGGGGCCUGCGCCGCGGCUGCAGGCGGACGGGCCCGCGGAGGUCCGAUCCCUCGCGUCCGCGCUCCCCGGCAGCGAGGCGGUCGAUGGGACGGAGCGCCGCGGAGCAGGAGGCGGCGCCCGUCGGGGGACUGGGGCAGCGCGAGAGCCCGCCUGGAGGUUGGGGCAUGGCGGGCCGCAGGACCUGAGUCCUACCCUGCGGGUAGCAACCUGGUGGCGGGCGAUGGGGACGGAGCGGGGCUGCCGCCGCGCUGAGCCGUGAGCGCCGCGCUUCCGCCGCCGCCUCUUCGUCGCCGCCUUGGCCCCUCGCGAAGAGCCGGGCAGCUCGGGAACAUGGCCCUGGAGCAGCUCUGCUCGGUCCUCAAAGUGUUGUUAAUAACAAUACUUGUAGUGGAAGGGAUUGCUGUGGCCCAAAAGACCCAAGAUGGACAAAAUAUUGGAAUCAAGCACAUUCCUGCAACCCAGUGUGGCAUUUGGGUUCGAACCAGCAAUGGAGGUCAUUUUGCUUCACCAAAUUAUCCUGACUCAUAUCCACCAAACAAGGAAUGUAUCUACAUUUUGGAAGCUGCUCCACGUCAAAGAAUAGAGUUGACCUUUGAUGAACAUUAUUAUAUAGAACCAUCAUUUGAAUGUCGGUUUGAUAACUUGGAAGUUCGAGAUGGGCCGUUUGGUUUCUCUCCACUUGUAGAUCGUUACUGUGGUGUGAAAAGCCCUCCAUUAAUUAGAUCAACAGGGAGAUUCAUGUGGAUUAAGUUCAGUUCUGAUGAAGAACUUGAAGGACUAGGAUUUCGAGCAAAAUAUUCGUUUAUUCCAGAUCCAGACUUUACUUACCUAGGAGGUAUUUUAAAUCCCAUCCCAGAUUGCCAGUUUGAGCUGUCAGGAGCUGACGGAAUAAUACGUUCUAGUCAGGUAGAACAAGAGGAAAAAACAAAACCUGGCCAAGCAGUUGAUUGCAUCUGGACGAUUAAAGCUACUCCAAAAGCUAAGAUUUAUUUGAGGUUCCUAGAUUAUCAGAUGGAGCACUCAAAUGAAUGCAAGAGAAAUUUCGUUGCAGUCUACGAUGGGAGCAGUUCUAUUGAAAAUCUGAAGGCCAAGUUUUGCAGCACUGUGGCCAACGAUGUAAUGCUUAAAACAGGAGUUGGGGUGAUACGGAUGUGGGCUGAUGAAGGUAGUCGGCUUAGCAGGUUCAGAAUGCUCUUUACUUCCUUUGUGGAGCCUCCCUGCACAGGCAGCACUUUCUUUUGCCAUAGCAACAUGUGCAUCAAUAAUUCUUUAGUCUGUAAUGGGGUUCAAAACUGUGCAUACCCUUGGGAUGAAAAUCAUUGUAAAGAAAAGAAAAAAGCAGGACUGUUUGAACAAAUCACUAAAACCCACGGAACAAUUAUUGGCAUUACGUCAGGGAUUGUCUUGGUCCUUCUCAUUAUAUCUAUUUUAGUACAAGUGAAACAGCCUCGAAAAAAGGUCAUGGCUUGCAAAACUGCUUUUAAUAAAACUGGAUUCCAAGAAGUGUUUGAUCCUCCUCAUUAUGAACUGUUUUCACUGAGAGACAAGGAGAUGUCUGCGGACCUGGCCGACCUGUCGGAGGAACUGGACAGCUACCAGAAGGCGCGGUGCUCCUCCACGGCGUCGCGGUGCAUCCACGACCAUCACUGUGGAUCGCAGGCACCCAGCAUCAAACAAAGCAGGACCAACCUCAGUUCCAUGGAACUUCCCUUCCGAAAUGAUUUUGCACAACCGCAGCCAAUGAAAACAUUUAAUAGCACCUUCAAAAAGAGUAGCUACACUUUCAAGCAGGCACACGAGUGCCCUGAACAGGCCCUAGAAGACAGAGUAAUGGAAGAGAUUCCCUGUGAAAUUUAUGUCAGAGGGCGGGAAGAUUCUGCACAAGCAUCCAUAUCCAUCGAUUUUUAAUCUUCUACUGAAGUGGUACGCGGGCCUCUCACGGUUGUGGCCCCUCCCGCCGCGGAGCGCAGGCUCCGGAUGCGCAGGCCCAGCGGCCACGGCUCACGGGCCCAGCCGCUCCGCGGCAUGCGGAAUCCUCCCGGACCGGGGUACGAACCCGCGUCCCCUGCAUCAGCAGGCGGACCCUCAACCACUGCACCACCAAGGAAGCCCCUGUAUUUUUAUUUUUGAAAUUUGUAUCUUGCUGUCUCUUAAAAGGGUAUGAAGAGGCCUACAAAAUACAAAGCCUUUAAAGAAGACAUUUAACAUUUAAAAAAGCACAGAAGUACAUGAUUUCAGGCAACUCAGCAAAGCUUGGACAACAAAUUUGAUUCUAAAUUUUCUUGCUGCUAAAACAAAUGAAAUCUUUGUUUUUCAUGGUAGAAAACUCAAACUUAUCUGCAAGAGGCUAGUUUUCUCUUAAACUAAAGAAAGGAGGGUCUUCAUAUUGAACGACAUUUCCUCAUAAUUCAAAGAAAAUGCAAAAUACAGAGAGAGGCCAUAAUGGUAAAUCUUAACCCAGUGAAGACACAUCAUCUCAGUGUAGUCUAGGAACUAAAGAACCAGACGAUCAAUAGCUAAGCUAGCCUGAGACUGGCUUAUUAUUUUAUGUUAUUUUGAAUUUUAUUUUUUUAUACAGCAGGUUCUUAUCAGUUAUCUAUUUUAUGCACAUCAGUGUAUACAUGUCAAUCCCAAUCUCCCAGUUCAUCACACCACACCACCACCCCCUCCACUCUCCCACUUUGGUGUCCAUAUGUUAGUUCUCUACAUCUGUGAGACUGGCUUAUUAUUAUUCAUUGAACUAUAGGUGGGUAUUAGAUCUCAUUUAUUUCUUAGUUAAACAUUUGGCAGUAUAUGAUAUGAAGAGAAGAGAAUGAAACUAAUAAAUUUUAGGCAUUAUUUCCAGAAUAAUGCUAAUUGCUGUAUAUAUAGUCUUUCAUCUUUGAGGUAAUGAGAAAACUUUGCAAAUUGUUUACUAAUGUGAAAGCCAUAAAUUUUAGUAAUUUAAGAAGAAAUUUAGCCAUCUUGUGGAAGUUAUUACACCCUUCACAGAGAAUAUAAUACCCAGUGUUAAACAUAGAACAAAAAAGGCAAAUCUGGAGGAGAGAAUAUCUUCAAUUCAGAAGCAGCAUUAGGUGCACUUGUACAGCACUGUUAUUUGUGACACCAUUGAUCCCAAAUUUAACACAAGGUAUUAAUCCCCAAGUGCCCUCAAAUUUCAGGAAACCUACUAAUCCCAACAUCUGAAGUAUGUAGGAAUAAAGUAUGAUGUACCUUUUGUGAGGGGAGAUGUUCACCCCAAAGGUUUAACAAAAAGCAAAGGAUUUUCCACAUUUCAAAUCACAAAAGAGAUCAAAAACACUCCUUUUAUUUUGACUUGUUAAUAGCUUGUGUCAGUGUCUUUGUCACUUUUCAUAUGAUUAUUAGGCAUUAAAAGAACCUCCUAAAUGCCUGAACAUUUUUAUAGUUCUGCUAUUGUCUGGUGAGGACGCUUCCUUGUUUCAGGAGUGUGUCAACUGAUGAACAGGAUAGGAAAAGCCUAGUUGUGACUACAGGAAUAAUUCUCAAUCAGAGAAGAGUAUGCUCUCUUACAAAAUGGUGUCUGCUGUAUUGUUCAUGAUCAGAAGGAACCUUGAGAUUUUGUUUUUUUUGAAGAUCCAAGAAAGAUUAUCUGCUCCAACUUUAUUAAUGAGAAGACUGAAGCACAGAGAAGAGAAUGCAGUGCCCACAUCUCAGAGCUAGUCCAGCGCCCUUUCCUUGCUUUCUGCUCUCUCCCUGCUUUAGCUGGCUAUAUGUUUUAAAAGCCACUCUAAACAGCAGCCCAGAUGUUUCAUGUAAGGCUGUCAGUUACUCUGAUUUAAAAUGUAAUUUAUUCUACAACAAUUUCUUUCAAAGCAUUAUAUUUUACUUUUUUUUUUCCUUAUGUAACACUUUGUUAUUCUACAAUUUUGUUGCCACGAUUUCUUGGCACCUGCAAAUUCUACAAGACAAUUACUGUGAAUUCUUAAUAAACAAUGUUUGUUAACAAUUUAUAUCCUUGACACUGGACAGAAAGAGCUUUCAGUGUUUUGCUUUUGUGAUCUUUUUUAAAUCUAAAGGAAAAAACGUAUACUCUAGAAAUUAAAACACUUGUGUGUGCUGUAUCUCUUGAAUUUGGAGAAUGAUUUGAGUUCUGAGCUAAAUAAUAUGACAAGUUGACCUCGGAUAUCUUUUUUUUAGCUUUCUGCAAAAUCAGUUGUCCAUGUUUUAUAUACCUCUACUAAUAACAAACUCGUAAUUCUGAAUUUGCUUUUUUUAAAGCAACUUUUCCAUAUAUUUCUGUGAUUGGUUUAAUGACUACAAAAGCCCAGGAAGCUAAUGACUGGGGUGCAUGUUUAGUAUGUACUGUCUUGAGUAUAUUCUUUUGAAGCAAUGAUUUUUCUUUUAGAGGUGAACUUCCAGACCAUAUAAGACUUCUCAUAUGCUUAAUACUCGAUUUGAUACAUCACAGUAAAGAAUUUGACCCUUGAACUGGGAAUAAAACUUGUG